ACUGCAAAAGAAAACUCAGAUGUUAUAAAAGAUUUAAAUAGCUCUCUCCAAUUAGCAAAGAAAGAGAAGACUAGCUUAGAAGAACGUUUAGCUCUUAGUGAAUCCCUGGGAAACAAAAAUAAUGAUGCAAUUCAUUCUAUAUCUGAGCAACUCUUAAAGGCUAAUCAGAUAAUAUCCAAACAAAAUACAGACCUAAUUGAAAUGAAGGAAAAGUUACUAUGCAGAACAGCUAUAGCUUUGGAACAAGAAAAAGUAAUUGAACGCAAUAAUCAGGAAAUGGAAGAACUAAAAAGUCGUAAUAUAACCAUAAACGAAUGCAUGGAGAAACUGCAGAAGGAGCUUGACGAUCUCAAAGAUAAACUUGACGCCACAGAAAAAACACUUAAGGAUAGAGAAGAAACUAUAAAAAAUAAUAAUAUGGUUAUCCAAUGGCUUCAUAAGAAGUUGGAUAAUGUUGAACCCGGUGAUGUGGCUCAGAAUAAGCAAAGACUUGGCAUCCAGACGGCGACUAGUUCGACGCCAUAUUUCCUCUCUAGGAAUCACAACCAUACGGAAUCAUCACACGGCGGUAUACUGUCUGAGGAAUCUAUUGACUUUUACGCUACUUCAAAGUCGACAAACUUGGAAGAUUCGCCAGGGCCUGAAGUUCAGGAAAAAAUGAGCAAAGUCGGACUGGAUCCGAAGUAUCUUCAACCUUCCGAGAGUGACAAGCAAAGUGCAAGAGGUUCGAAAGCAAAGCCUAAUAAUCCGCUUGGUCAACCUGGUAAAGAAAAUGCAAAUAUAAAUUUGCCCAAAGUAAACUACAGAGAAAAGAAAUCUGCAAGGGGAUCUACUUAUAGAGCAACGCCUGUUUCUGCCUACUUUCCUUAAUUUAAAUUAACAGUUUUAAUAUUAGUGC